AUGCGGGCGGUUGCUGCUUGGGGCCGGCCUCCGGGAGGGGAGGGCCGGGCGGCAGCAGAAGAUUUAACCAAUGGCUCAUACGAUGAUAUUCUAAAUGCUGAACAACUUCAGAAACUCCUCUACCUGCUUGAAUCAACCGAGGAUCCUAUGAUUACUGAAAGAGCCUUGGUCACUCUGGGUAACAGUGCAGCCUUUUCAACCAACCAGGCAAUUAUUCGUGAAUUGGGUGGUAUUCCGAUUAUUGGGAUUAGAAUCAACAGUCCAAACCAGAGUAUUAAAGAGAAAGCUUUAAAUGCGCUAAAUAACCUGAGUGUGAAUGCUGACAAUCAAAUCAAGAUAAAGGUAUACGUCAAUCAAGUCUGCAAGGAUGUCCUGUCUGGUCCCUUGGACUCUGCUGUGCAGCUGGCCGGGCUGAGGCUGUUAACGAACAUGACGGUUACCAAUGAGCACCAGCACAUGCUGAACAGUUACAUUGCAGACCUGUUCCACGUGUUACUGACUGGAAAUGGGACCACCAAGGUUCAAGUUUUAAAGCUGCUUGUGAACUUGUCUGAAAACCCAGCCAUGACAGAAGGACUUCUCAGUGCCCAGGUGGACUCCUCAUUCCUUUCCCUUUUUGAUGGCCAUGUGCCACAGGAGAUUCUUCUUCGAGUUCUUACACUAUUUCAGAAUAUAAAUGACUGCCUCAGAGCAGGAGGCCAUUUAGCUGUUCAGCCUCCUUUCCCUAAAGGGGCACUGUUUUCCCUGUUGUAUGGAGAAGAAUGUGUCCAGAAAAUGAAAGCGUUAGUUUAUCACGAUGAUGUGGAUGUGAGAGAAAAGGUUGUAACAAUAAUACCGAAAUCCUGAUUGGUUAUCCUAUUUUCCAGAGUAAUGCAGUCUGCUAGGUAACACACAGAAACUCUCCCCAACUUUUUUUUAUAAAGGGGGUUCUCUCUCAGCUGCUGAUUUUGAAAUUCUCAUUUUAUCUUUAACACAGUACAGGUUGGGCAUCCUAAAUAUGACAUGAUGCUCAGAUUUAUAAUUUGAAGCAUUUGAGAUUUGGGAUUUUUGAAAUGAGGAUCUUCAGCCAGUAAAGUCUAUGCAAGUAUUCCAAAGUCCAAAAAACUAAAGUGUGAAACACUUCUGGCCCCAGCAUUUCAAAUAAAGGAUAUUCAAUGUAUGUAACUUGCUAGGUCUUCUGGUUCAUUUUGGACCAUUUAAUUGACACUAAAAUACAAAUUUGGACUGAAACCAGUUAUUUUGCUAUUUGCUGAGACACAUACUGCCUUCAGUGAAAUAGCAGUGACCUUUUUAUAUAGAGGCCCCCUUUUCUUGGAAAUGACUUGCAGUCACUUUGUGUGGGAUUCGCUUAUCAUCUGAGAACUGCCACAAGGCCGGCCUUGUCCUUUAGCAGCAGUGAGAUCCGGAGUUAUCACAACCACCUGCUAAGCCCGCCAUACUGCUUUCAAAGUCUGUUGUAAUCAUCAGAAUCAAUUCUCAUCAUUCCCAGUCAAUAAAAAAAUGUAAACUUUUGGGGGAAAAUGUUUCUUAAUACUUACUUACUCCCAGUGUGCUAGUAUUUAAAUGUUACCUAUAAAAUAUUGAGGUCGAUCAAAAUGGCCAUCCCUGGGCAAUUGGUUAAAUCAACUAGCCAGUCUAAAAAGGAUGGAGUCUGAAUGUGCUCAUGUGGAAAAGCACAUUGCAAAGGAAGUGUGCAUAACAUGAUCCUGUGUGUGUGUUUUAAGUGACACUUAGGCUUAUCUAUGGAAAGAACAUUUCUAGAAUAAUUCCUGGGAGAGAGACUGGGAUUUGGGAGUGAGGAACAUAAUUUUUCUAUGAACAAUCAUUUCUGUUUGAAAGGGAUUUUUUUACUAUAAGCAUAAAUUGUGUAAUUUUUUAAUAAAAGGAAAAUAACGGACAAGACUAUAUUUCCCCUUGACAGUACUUUAUUUUCAUCCAUUUUUUUACUUGACUAAAAUUACAGUAUAUGAACAUCUCCCAACUAUUAUCUUUUUAAAUAGUAUGUUCUCCCAUAAGCUAUAGUGACUUGAUAUAUUUGAAUUCAGCCAGGUUCUAUAAUAUUCAAGUUCACAAACCUCAUACUUAGCACUGAGUAAAUAAAUAUGUAAGCAGAAAGUACUUUGAGUUUCAUUUGUAAAUGUACAAGACUAUUUCCAAAGUAAGUUAUAAACCCUCAAACUGAAAAAUAUGUGUCAGGGUUAGCCUGAUUUGGAA